ACUGUCGUCGACGUUCCCCCCCCGUCCUCUCGUUGUCGUCGUCGUCGUCGUCGUUCCACCCAACGAGCACAGACUUAUUUAAUUGUCCCAGGGAACUCUCUGUACCAUCUCUAAUCCGCACUUUCCCUUCCUUCCCUAAGUGCUCAGACUUUUUUUCCCGUUCAUCGCCCUUUCAACCAAGCAUUCUUUGCAAAAAUGGGUUGUGCCCAGUCAAGUAUCAUCGAUGAAGAGGCCAAGGCCCGAAAUGACGAGAUCGAGAACCAGUUGAAGCGCGACCGCAUGCUCGCGAAGAAUGAAAUCAAGAUGUUGUUACUUGGUGCUGGUGAAUCGGGCAAGUCGACGGUCUUGAAGCAGAUGAAACUUAUUCACCAUGGCGGGUAUAAUGAACAAGAGCGAGAUUCAUACAAAGAAAUUAUCUUCUCUAAUACGAUUCAGUCCAUGCGUGCCAUCCUAGAGGCAAUGCCUCAGCUGGAAAUCCAGCUCUCCCCGCAAAACGAUGCCCGCCGCAAUAUCGUUCUCUCGCUCCCUGGUCAGAUUGAAACAACAUAUUUACCACGAGAUGUUGCCGAUGCUAUCCGUGGUCUCUGGCGAGAUCCUGGUGUGAGGGAAGCGGUCCGCAGGAGUCGAGAAUUCCAACUCAAUGACUCUGCCGUCUACUACUUCAACCAAAUUGAACGAAUGGCCGACCCUAACUACUUGCCGACCGACCAGGAUAUCCUCCGGUCUCGUGUCAAGACGACUGGUAUCACUGAGACCAUGUUCCGGGUUGGCGAGCUUACUUACCGACUGUUUGAUGUCGGCGGUCAGCGGAGUGAGCGGAAGAAGUGGAUUCACUGUUUUGAGAACGUAACAGCUCUUGUGUUCCUCGUGUCCCUGAGCGAGUACGACCAAAUGUUGUAUGAGGAUGAGAGUGUGAACCGAAUGCAAGAGGCGCUCACGCUCUUCGACUCCAUUUGCAACUCGCGCUGGUUCGUCAAGACUUCAAUCAUUUUGUUCUUGAACAAGAUCGAUCUGUUUGCGGAGAAGCUCCCGCAUUCCCCACUUGGCGAUUACUUCCCAGACUAUAAUGGUGGCGAUAAUUACGACCUUGCCUGCGAAUACCUCCUUCAUCGAUUCGUUUCCUUGAAUCAGAAUGCGGCGACAAAACAGAUUUACGCCCAUUAUACCUGUGCGACUGAUACCCAGCAGAUCAAGUUCGUCUUGAGCGCCAUUCAGGACAUCCUGUUACAACUACACUUACGGGAAUGCGGCCUCUUGUGAUCGCUUUGGAUCCUGUGUUCGCGGGUAUAUGAUACAUGCGAGUAGGUUUCAUUAUUUCUGGGUGUAACGAUGAGUCGUUCUGUUGGUGCAAUGGCACGAUGGUGAUUUACGUUAUCGUGGUCGUCGCUUCCCUUGGACCGAUUCAGAAAACGGAAUAUGUCGAUCUAGUGUUCUCCUGUACUAUUUGUCUGCUUGCGACUUUGUUAGAUGGAAUUGCUUCCAUCUCCCCUUACCCUCUUACCUUUUCUUAGCCUAUCCGUUAUUUCGCCGCCUCCUCCCUUUCAUUCUUUUACUGUUUCCGCUACUCGAUGAACGCACCUUCUCAGUUUUUUUUUCUCGGUUUACCCUUGCUACAUCGACUUUGUUUUCCCGUCUUCAUACUUUCUCUGUUUUUGUUUUCCGCUUCUAUGUAUCUGUGACAUACUUAUAAUUUGACUCUCCGUAAUAUGCCUCUUUUUUGUGUUUCUUUUGACGUGCAUACAUGCAUAUAACGAUGCAUUUUUCACUCCUGCUACGUUCUGCCUCGACCAAUUCAAAGGGUAUAGAUGGUGCGAAUUGCAUUUCCACGUUCGUGCACGCAGAUGGACAUGCGUUUUCUCGGUGAUAUCUUUUUCAUGCGUAGAUUUGCCGUCGUAACAGAUGAGCCCAGACCUUCCAGAUGUCCACUCGUUUAUACUUUCCGUUCUUUUCCUUCUUUCCGUUCCUUAACUUCUCGUCGUUCUUUGAUUUUACUUUUUUGGAAUUUAGCCUCUGAUGAUACGAAUGGAGAACAACGAGAUAA